ACUCCUUUUGAAGACAUGAAAUCAAUAUUUGCUCUCAUCCUGCUCAUUUCACUUGCCCUGUACGCAAGCACCACAAAUGCAAGAAGAGACCCUGGAGAAUAUUGGAGAAUUGUGAUGAAAAAUGAGCCCAUGCCUGUAGCAAUCCAGCGCCUUAUGCCUCGGCAUACAGCUCCUUUCUCCAAAGAAAACACUAACCGUCACACAUCAUCUUCUGUGAACGACCUCAAGCUGCAAGAGGAACAAUCAUUCUCGAAACAUUUCAAGCCAAGACCAACUGUAACAGCUUACUAUGAUGAUGAUGCUGGUGAAAAGUUCUUUGCUAAAGAUUUUGAAUCAAGGCCAACUGUAACUGCUUAUUAUCAUGAUGACGAUGGUCUCAAACAAAAAAAAUCCUCUUUUGCUAAAGAUUUUGAACCAAAGCCAACUGUAACUGUUUACUAUCAUGAUGACGCAGGUCUCGAACAAGAAAAAUCGUCCUUUGCUAAAGAUUUUGAACCAAGGCCAACUGUAACUGCUUACUAUCAUGAUGGCGCUCGUCUUAAGAAAGAAAAAUUGUCUUUUGCUCAAGAUUUUGAACCAAGGCCAACUGUAACUGCUUACUAUCAUGAGGACGCUGGUCUCAAACAAGAAAAAUCAUCCUUUGCUAAGGAUCUUGAACUAAGGCCAACUGCUUCUUAAUAUCAUGAUGACGCUGGUCUCAAACCAGAAAAAUCGUCCUUUGUAAAAGAUUUUGAACCAGGAAAAUUGCAGCUUCUUACUUUGAUAAUGAAGCUAGUCUCAAAAAAGAAAAGUCGUUUGAACCAACGCCAAAUGAUAGUGUGUACCAUGAUUGAUAUUGCAGAGGCAUUGUGCCUGCGUCAUUUAAUUUUCUUGUAAACUCCGUCUCAGUGAAUGCCCUUUCAAUUUUAAGUGAUCUUUGUAAUAAGGAUUAAUAAACAGUCUAUACUAUAAUAUUUCUUGAAUUUAAUGUAAUGAUUGUUUCCAUUCGUACAAAUUGUCUUUAUUCUUAAAGUUAGUAUUGGAUCACU